UAAAUAUGUGAUGGAGGGGAUUGGGGUUUAGACAAGGACCAUCUGCUUGCAUUUUUAUAUAGGUGGGAGAACCAAGAUUGAGAUACAUGUUUGUGACCAGAUAAAGAUAAGCAAUUGCCUGACGUUCAAAAGUUUCCAAUCGACUACAUACAUAAACCCGAUAGAUAUUCUGAGGAGGAAAGCUCAGAGUUAUCUUGUCUGCUUAGUGUCGAAUCUGGGGCAAGAUCAAUAUUAUUAUUAGCAGCCUCUCCAUACUCAUUCACUGAACGGCUCUUCAUUUUUAAUAUCUGAACACCUACAUCAAUUGGCGUGCUUAAGGAGAAGCACAAGCUCAGAGCCCAAAGAACCCAAUUUCUUCCAUCCAUGGCUCUCCUCUGGACCUUACCUGAGGCAUUCUCUUGGAUGUGUGAUGGAGAGCUUGAUUUCAGUACUUGCACCCAGAGCAGCAUAAUUGAUGGUCUCAACCUGCUUUUCCUCUGCUCUUUCUACGUCUUGUGGAUCGCCAUCACCCUUAGGAAGCGCAACGCCAAUGGAAACAGCACUAGGAGGGACUUGGUACUCAUUGUCGUUGUGGUCUGUUGUGCAUUUAGUAGCCUCGCGCACUUUGGUGUCGCCCUCCGGAGUCUUAUACUUCAAGCUGACAUAAAUAGACCUCAGAGCUGGUUGCUUCACUUUGUUAGAGGAUUGAUAUGGAUGUCUUUGACGGGUUCGUUGCUUGCUGCGAAAUCCAAGUGGAUGAGAACCUUGGUCACUCUUUGGUGGGUUGCCUUCUGUUUGCUCGUCACAGCUCAGAACAUCAGGCUCUUGUUGAAAGGGCUCGGAAUCGGAGUUUUAGACAUUGUGACUUGGCCUAUAAACUUUCUCCUUAUGUUCUGUGCCUUCAGGAAAUAUGUUGUGGUUCUGGAACCAAACCCAGAUGAGAAAUUAUACGAACCUCUAUUAGGUGCGAAGCCUGAUGAUUCUCGGUCACAGCUCGGCUGUGCUAGCUGCCUCAGCAAGUUGACAUUUUCUUGGAUUAAUCCAUUGUUACGCUUGGGGUACUCAAAACUGCUAGAGUUCAAGGACAUCCCAUCUCUCAUCUCCGAGGACGAGGCUGAUCUGGCGUAUAAAAAAUUUGCACUUGCGUGGGAUUCAGUUGUAAGCGAUCAAAAGGGUUCGCAGAGCAACUUGGUUAUUAAGACCAUUGCGAAAGUAUAUUUCCAGGAGAACAUUUUCAUAGGCUUAUGUGCGCUUUCCCGAACGAUAUCCGUCGUCAUUUCCCCAUUGUUACUGUACUGGUUUGUGAAUUACUCGAAUGGAGGCGGGGAAAAUUUGUCAGAAGGGUUCACUAUUAUUGGGUGCUUGAUGCUUGCCAAGCUAGUCGAGUCCUUUUCGCAGAGACAUUACUUCUUUGACUCCAGGAGGUCCGGAAUGAGAAUGAGAUCGGCUCUUAUGGUAGCAGUCUACAAGAAGCAGUUAAAACUUUCGAACACCGGAAGAAAACGACACUCAACUGGCGAAAUCGUGAAUUACAUCGCGGUCGAUGCGUAUCGGAUGGGCGAAUUCCCUUGGUGGUUUCAUUCCACUUGGAGCCUCACACUGCAACUCUUCCUGUCCAUCGGUGUACUCUUUGCAGUGAUUGGCAUUGGCGCUCUUCCGGGCUUAGUCCCACUCCUCAUUUGUGGACUCCUGAAUGUGCCUUUCGCCAAGAUCCUCCAAAACUGCCAGUCCCAGUUCAUGACCGCCCAAGAUGAGCGGCUCCGGUCCACUUCAGAGAUCCUGAACAGCAUGAAGAUCAUAAAGUUGCAGUCGUGGGAAGAAAGAUUCAGGAAUUUGAUCGAGUCGCGCCGUGCCACUGAGAUGAAGUGGCUGGCUGAAGCCCAAUUUAAGAGGGUUUACGGGACAGUGCUUUAUUGGAUGUCUCCGACUAUAAUUUCUUCGGUGAUUUUCUUAGGUUGCGCUCUCUUGCAGAGUGCCCCAUUAAACGCUAGUACUAUCUUCACUGUCCUUGCAACGUUGCGGGCUAUGGGCGAGCCUGUUAGGAUGAUCCCUGAGGCCCUUUCUAUAUUGAUCCAAAUGAUGGUGUCUUUCGAUCGCAUCAACACAUUUUUGGUGGACGACGAGCUAAAGAACGACAGAAUAAGGGAAGUCCCAUUGGAGGAUUCAUCUAGCACCACAAGCAUACAGAUUUUAUCAGGAAAUUUUGCUUGGGACGUGGAAUCUGCAAUCUUGACUCUGAAAGACAUAAACUUGGAAGCCAAAUGCGGGCAGAAGAUCGCGGUCUGUGGUCCAGUCGGGGCAGGCAAAUCAUCGCUUCUUUGUGCUAUACUAGGAGAAAUAACCAAAACCACGGGAACUGUUAAAAUAUGUGGAUCAACUGCCUAUGUUUCUCAAACUUCGUGGAUCCAAAGCGGGACGAUUAGGGACAACAUACUCUAUGGAAAACCGAUGGAUGAGGUCCGAUACAAGAAGGCCAUAAAAGCGUGCGCACUGGAUAAAGAUAUCAGUAGCUUCGGUCAUGGAGAUCUCACAGAAAUAGGCCAGAGAGGGCUCAACAUGAGUGGUGGACAGAAGCAGAGGAUUCAACUAGCUCGGGCCGUCUAUAACGACACAGACAUUUAUCUUCUUGAUGAUCCUUUCAGUGCGGUCGAUGCACACACCGCUGCAAUACUUUUCAAUGACUGUGUCAUGGGCGUGCUCGAAAAUAAGAUGGUCAUCCUAGUGACUCACCAAGUGGAAUUUCUCUCAGAUAUGGAUCGAAUUUUGCUCAUGGAGGAGGGACGUGUUACACAGUCGGGGAGCUACCAGGAGCUCUUGACUGCAGGAACAGCAUUUGAACAGCUUGUGAAUGCUCACAAAGAAGUGCUCACCACAUUUGGACCUUCAAACAGUGAAAUCCCCGGUGAAACUGCUAAUUCAAUUACGUUCAAGCAUGAGGAAUCUAAAGAGGCCAAACAAAUCGAGAUAUCCGAGAAGGCCCAACCGGGAGUGCAACUUACAGAAGAAGAAGAAAAGGAGAUUGGUGAUGCUGGGUGGAAGCCGUUCUGGGAUUACAUAAUGGUGUCGAAAGGAUUAACGCUUCUGUUUUUAGGCUUUCUGACGCAGUUAGCAUUUGUGGCGCUUCAGGCUGCAUCCACCUUUUGGCUAGCAGUAGCGAUUCAAUUUCCCGACAUUAGUAGUGGCACUUUAAUCGGUGUCUUCGCGGGGAUUUCAUCGCUUAGUGCUGUGUUCGUGUACCUUCGAUCCUUCUUCGGAGCUCAUCUGGGUCUAAAGGCCUCCAAGGCCUUCUUUUCAGGUUUCACUGAUUCCAUAUUCAAAGCUCCGAUGCUCUUCUUCGACUCUACUCCGGUGGGGAGGAUUCUGACCCGAGCUUCAUCAGAUUUGAGUAUACUAGACUUCGACAUCCCUUUCUCCAUCAUCUUUGUGAUAGCUGCUGGAAUUGAGCUUCUGACUAUAAUUGGGAUUAUGGCCUCGGUCACGUGGCAAGUUCUCAUCGUUGCGACUUUUGCAAUGGUUGCUGCAAAAUAUGUUCAGGCAUAUUACUUGGCAUCAGCGCGCGAAUUAAUAAGAAUCAAUGGAACGACAAAAGCUCCACUCAUGAACUAUGCGGCCGAGACAUCCCUAGGUGUGGUCACCGUUAGAGCUUUUAAUGCAGUAGACAGAUUCUUCUGCAAUUUCCUGAAACUCGUGGACGCCGACGCAAAACUUCUUUUCCACUCCAAUGCACUAAUGGAGUGGCUAGUUCUGAGAAUAGAAGUACUUCAGAACCUGACCCUGCUCACUGCUUCUCUUCUCCUGAUUCUGCUUCCUCAAGGAUAUGUGCCCCCAGGACUUGUUGGGCUAUCUCUUUCUUAUGCUUUUACAUUGACGGGUACGCAUGUUUUCGUGACCCGGUGGUAUUGCUACUUGUCAAACUACAUUAUCUCGGUUGAGCGGAUCAAACAAUUCAUGCACAUACCAUCUGAGCCUGCAGCGGUUGUGGAGAAUCAUAGGCCACCUUCUUCAUGGCCAUCAAAGGGUCGAAUCGAGCUGCAAGAACUAAAGCUAAGGUACCGUCCCAAUGCACCGCUCGUGCUCAAGGGUAUCACUUGCACAUUCAAAGAAGGAAGCAGAGUCGGUGUUGUUGGAAGAACAGGAAGCGGGAAAACAACUCUGAUCAGCGCAUUGUUUCGAUUGGUUGAGCCAGCAAGCGGGAAGAUCUAUGUCGAUGGGCUAGACAUUACUUCCAUUGGAUUGAAGGACUUGAGGAUGAAACUGAGCAUCAUCCCUCAAGAGGCCACUUUGUUCAGAGGCAGUGUUAGGUCUAACAUGGACCCUCUUGGCCUUUACUCUGACCAUGAGAUUUGGAUGGCUUUGGAAAAAUGUCAGCUCAAGGCCACAAUUAGCAGCCUUCCGAAUCAGCUCGAUUCUUCCGUAAGUGAUGAAGGAGAGAAUUGGAGUGCUGGGCAGAGACAGUUAUUUUGCUUGGGAAGAGUUCUAUUAAGGAGGAACAGAGUCUUAGUUCUUGAUGAAGCCACUGCUUCAAUUGAUUCAACAACUGAUGCUGUUCUGCAGAGGAUCAUCAGGCAAGAGUUCUCAGAUUGCACUGUGAUCACCGUGGCUCACAGAGUCCCGACUGUCAUAGACAGUGACAUGGUCAUGGUCCUCUCUUAUGGAAAUCUGGUGGAGUAUGAGGAGCCCUCGGAGUUGAUGGAGACCGAUUCCUACUUCUCCAAGCUGGUUGCUGAAUACUGGUCAAGUUGCAGGAGAAGCUCCUCCCACAGUCUUUAGAAAUUAUCACUGCUGAGGCUCUC